CUAGGAGAGGCAAAAUUAAUCAGUUUUUUUUUUGUUUAUAAUCAACUAGAUACGAGUUGAAACGAGAAAGGAUAUAUUUGUGAGACUCCUCUUUGACUUACGCGUGCGCUGAACAAAUCAAAACAUGCUAAGUCGAGUCUUUUAAAAACGGUGCUGAUAGUGAAAGAUUAUUAUUACGUUUAUAAAAGACAUGUAAAAACACCGUAUUUAUUGACAAUCAGAAAGUGUUAAGAUACAAAAAAUCUGAUUAACAAAGUAUGAAGGAUCGAUUUUGUCAAGACAAAUUUUGGGAUUUGGAUCAAACAUGGAAUUCGCAGGUACCAGAUUUUUCAAGUUGUUUUCAAGAUGUCAUAUUUGUAAUUAUUCCAGCUGCAAUUUUCAGUUUUAUAUUCAUCAACUGCAUAUGGCGAUUAAGAAAACGAAAAAGCCUGAAUCCACUACCGUGGACAUGGCUGAAUAUUUCAAAACUGGUGUUGUCAUUUAGCCUUCUGAUUGUGAGCAUAAUUCAGUGUAGUACAAAUAUUCAUUUGAAAAUCUCAGAUGUCGGUGUUCCUCAUUCCUCGUUCGUAGCUUCAUCUUCUAAAAUUCUUCUUUUUAUCUUAACCAUAAAGCUUAUGCUUCGACAUAAGAUGUGUGGAGUGGCUACUUCAUAUGCUCUAUCAGUUUUCUGGCUCGUGUUAACACUGUGCGGCAUUGUGUUACAGAGAUCAGCAAUAUUAGAUUAUUUUUAUUUUGGAAAAAGACCAUUGCCAGAAGUCAUUUUCGUUGUCAACAUGAUUUAUUUUUCAUUCGUAUAUAUUCAGCUUUUCUUAACUAUGUUUGUGGAUUACAGGAGCUUUGAUUCUUUCCAGGACGCUAAAGUCAUAGAAGAUGUGUCAUUUAUUUCUUAUGUUACCAUAUCCUGGUUCAUCAAGUACGUCUUUGAAAGUAGACGGAAGCUUCUGACUGUGCUUGAUCUAAAGUUUAUAAGUGUCCGACUAGUGGCCAAAUUUGCAUACGCAGAAUUCCUGAAACGAUGGAACAUAAACAAGGAACCAAAAUCUCUUGAAUCUCGAAGUUUAGGACUUAGUUUAAUCAAAACUUUCUGGCCUUGGAUAGUGGCGGCUACGAUUUUCAAUUUUCUUUUUACGUUGUCCUUGCUUGUACCACCUUUACUUUUAGAUCGUCUCAUAGACUUUGUUGAGCAUGAUCAUUUUGCAUGGAGGGGCAUGCUGUAUGUGAGCUUGUUUUGCAUAGUUGAUGUCUCUGGAAAAAUUGUUGAUAAUUUCAGAGUGUACUUCUUCUUUUACGCUGGUGCCCAGAUGAAGUCAGCUCUUAUGAAUGCAGUCUAUAGAAAGAACUUUUUAUUGUCACCUGUUGCUCGUAAAGAAUUUACCAGCGGAUCUAUAUCAAAUCUUCUGUCGGUGGACAUUCAAAGACUUACCUAUUUCACUUAUUACUGUGCAGAUUUAUUAACUAGCCCAAUCAGAAUCGUUAUCAUCCUUGUAAUUAUGUGGCAGUACAUUGGAAUAGCUACACUUGGAGGUCUAGCUGUAAUAAUUAUCUUACUUCCUGUUGGUUACUUCGUAUCAAGGUACAGCGAAAAAUUUACAGAUGAACAAAUGAAAGUUAAAGACACUCGACUGAAGUUUAUGAAUGAAAUCCUCAGCGGUAUAAAGGAUGAAUGGGAAAAGGGCCGUAAUACAGACGCCCUGACGCCCAGUUCCACUACAACGAACGAACGAAAUUCUAAGCCGCCUAACGCCAAAAGUCUUAGUCGCCCUAGGGCAAAUUAG